CUAACAGGCCUCCAUUCUGUGGGGUUCAGACGUGGGGGUUUUUCAGUGUCCACUCUUUUCCACUUGCCGAAUUGUCUGUAGACGGCCUUUGAACUUAAUGCGAUCAAUCUUCAAUCAUCGCCUCAAUUGGGGUCGGCACUGGAACCACAUUCCCAUUCCUUGAUCAUGGCAGGCGUCCCACCGUCUCUGUUCUCUUUAACAAACCCUUUCCUCCCUUUUUCUAUUCUUCUCAAUCCCGAUAAAUCCUCCAAACUGAGCUCCUACACCUGAAUACCGCUCGUAUACAACCACAGACAAAAUGACCACAAACGGAACAACAACAAGACGACCUCUCGUCCCCGGCAUCUACGUGCCAACGGUCGCCUUCUUCAAGGACGACGAGGAGGUCGAUCUCCCCACUGUUGAGAAACACGCCGCCUACCUCGCCAACGCCGGUGUCACCGGCCUCGUCGUCCAAGGCAGCAACGGCGAAGCCGUGCAUCUCGACCGUGAGGAACGCAAACUCAUUACAGCAGCCACCCGCCGCGCCCUCGAUGCCGCCGGAGCCACGUCCAUGCCCCUCAUCGUCGGCUGCGGCGCGUCCUCCACCCGCGAAACCAUCCAGUUCUGCAAGGACGCCGCCGACGCCGGAGGAGACUACGUCCUUGUCCUGCCGCCCUGCUACUACAAGUCCCUCGUGAACAACGCCGCCCUCCUCGACUACUUCCGCGACGUCGCCUCUGCCUCCCCGAUCCCCCUCCUCAUCUAUAACUUCCCCGGCGCCUCCUCCGGCCUCGACCUCUCCUCCGACGACAUCCUGACCCUCGCCAAACACCCCAACAUCGUCGGCGUCAAGCUCACCUGCGGCAACACGGGCAAACUCGCCCGCAUCGCCGCCCAGGCCAAACCCGACUUCCUCACCUUCGGCGGCUCCGCCGACUUCACCCUCCAGACCCUUAUCGCCGGCGGCGCGGGCAUCAUCGGCGGCGUGGCGAAUCUGAUUCCGCGCUCGUGCGUGCGCCUCAUGGAGCUCUACCAAAGCGGGAAGAUAGCCGAGGCGCAGGCGCUGCAGGCGGUCGUCGCGCGAGCCGACUGGCUGGCGAUCAAGGGUGGGUUUGUCGCGGUCAAGAGCGCCCUGCAGUCGUAUCGCGGGUACGGCGCGCUGCCGCGGCGGCCGUGUGUGGCGCCUUCGGCGGAGGAGGCGUCUGCAUUGAAGAAUGCGUUCCAGGAGGGGAUGGAGAUGGAGCGGAGUUUCGAGGUUGCGUAAUUUGUAUGAGUUUUAUGAUAUAGCAUUGUUGAGCACCUUAGUCUGUGUUGUGAAUGAAAACAUGCCCGACGGCCGCGAUCAGCAUAGCAUGUUAUGAGUUGCCGUGCCAUGUCGAACUAUCUACCCAACGUCAAUUCCUCAAACUUUUAUCUUCCAGGCCAUAUAACCCAGUAG